AUGGUCGUUCAAACGAGAGGACAGACUGCCGCAAACCUAGAGCUUGAUUCGUCGGAAUUGGAAAAUGAAAAUGAGCUGAAUCAACUGCCCGAGGAAUCCAAGGAAACUUUUAGCCGAAUGCACGCCGAAUGCUAUGUUUGGGUUGAAACCGGCGCUCAACCUGAUUUCCUUUUUCCUUGGCAGAGCAGAGAAUGUCAAGUCUCUAGAGUUCACAAUCGCGAAGGAGUGAAUUGGCUUUUCGAUAAAAUGGCUUUUCUUAUGUGCAGAUAUGGUCACAACAAAGAGCCUUUACCUGAGUGUAUCUCCUUUUCCCUUUAUUUCAUUGGUCAACUGUUGAACUUGCUAUUGAAGCAAUGUUGGGAAGCGGCAAAGGCUAGAUGUGAUCAGAAAAAGGAAAAGGAUUCGGGAUGCCGUUUCAUAAUUACUUACGAUGAUUACAUUCAUGUGAUGAGCACAAACUCACAACAAUUUCUGGAGGAGCUUGCAUUCAAUGGAUUUCAAUGGACUUCACUCGACACAAAGUUCAGACCAGGCUGCUCACUGAUCAGAGGCCAAGAAGUAUUAGAAGCCGAACCAUUCUGGCGCUUCCUUGGCGGGCCACCAAUGGAAAAGCGCGUUCUCAAAAUUCUCGAUGCAUUUGCCCAUCAAAAGGUCAUGGAGUUAACAGCGAUGGCUUUAAUGUUGAGAGACUAUGAAAGCGAAAAAGGUCAUCCAUAUGGAAAAAAAUCCUGCAAAUCUUCUCACUGGACCGAGGACGAAUCCUGGAUUGAAAUCAGACACUACGAACACGCUUCUCGGAUCAACAAAAGCGGUGCAACCUGUCAAGUAAUGGAUACAAUUAUUGAAGCUUCUAAGCCUCCAAAAACUAGAAAACAGCGCAACAAAAAAGCUGGUUUGCAAAGAAGCGCUAUUCAGAAAACGAAACGCUCCCGAGUUGCCCGUAUU